CUUGACGCAUCUUUUCAUGGCAACAUUUAGAGGCUGGUCCACGCGUCACACACUAUCACUUGUGUUACCACAUGAAGACUACGCACUUGGAGACAGAUGCGGAGACAUGAUGUGACAUUUGGCCGCGCGUAAUUUGCGCAUUUGGAUAGCGGUGCGCGCGGUGAAUGCGCCGCUCUUUGCGUGAUGAUUUGACUGUUUUCCGGACGCGCCGGAGCUGUUGGAGUGAGUCCAGGGAUGCUGCGGCUUGUCUGGCUGCCGGAGUGCCGCCGCGCAACGAGGGGCUGCGCCCUCCACAUUUGCUGAGGCUUCUGCUUCUGAUCUGCAUCACCCGCUAUGGAUCACUCCUGGGACAUUUAAGCAUCUCCUGCGGUGAUAACGGGGCUGUGGGAGCGCGCACUGUCCCUCCUCCCCAGGCUGCAACAUGGGGAACAGUUUCUCCAAUUUGGGUGCCUUCCAGUCCCUGCACAUAGUCAUGCUCGGCUUGGACUCUGCGGGUAAAACCACCGUGCUGUACCGGCUGAAAUUCAACGAGUUCGUCAACACGGUGCCCACCAUCGGCUUCAACACGGAGAGGAUCCGGCUGGGCGGCGCGGGGGCCUCCAGGGGCAUCAGCUGCCACUUCUGGGACGUCGGGGGCCAGGAGAAGCUGCGGCCCCUGUGGAAGCCCUACAGCCGCUGCACGGACGGCAUCGUGUACGUGGUGGACUCCGUGGACGCCGAGAGGCUGGAGGAGGCCCGGACCGAGCUGCACAAGAUCACCCGGUUCGCGGAGAACCAGGGGACCCCGCUGCUCGUCAUCGCCAACAAGCAGGACCUGCCCCGGGCGCUGGAUGUCGGGGAGAUAGAGAGGCAGCUGGCUCUGGCUGAGCUCAGCCCCUCCACCCCGUACCACGUCCAGCCGGCCUGCGCCAUCAUCGGAGAGGGGCUGGAUGAGGGCAUGGACAAGCUGUAUGAGAUGAUAGUGAAGAGGAGGAAGUCACUGAAGCAGAAGAAGAAGAGGCAGUGAUGGAAAUAUUAGGAGCAGAUAGAAACAAACCAUGACGCAUAGAUAUGAUUAUUGACCCCCACUGACACACUGCAAGCCUCAUAUAUGACGGGAAUAUAUUUAUAGUGAUGCUAUAAGCUAAACAAUGUCACUCUGAACUCAUUAGGGUCUGUGUGAUUGUAUGUGAAUGUUACAGAGGGACAUAAUGAAGCAGGACAGCUAUGACACAAAGUCACAAAAUAAUCAUAAGAAUCUCACAUUCCUGUGAACAUCUAUGGACAGUUUAAACCCUCUUUCCAGGCAGAUUAAAGCAGCGAGUCCCUGAUGUAGCAUUAUUAAUAGGACAGUGUCAUCAGGGACGUCCACAUUUAUAUGGAGUGUAUGGAUCCACUGGCAGAGCGCCCUGUUGCUGCCGCGUUGGUGCCGAGCACAGAUGUGAGACUGUUGUAAAUGUGGUUAGGGAUGCACUGAUGCUGUGAGGUGGUGUCACACCAAAGAUGUUUCCCUCUCUGUCUCUUCCACCCCGCCCCCCCGCAUUGUGUCGUUACUUACAGCCCACUGAAGGUGAUUGUUUGGGAUGAAAAUCACCAGAUAACAUGCUGGCAUUGUGCUUUUCUGCAAGCGAAUAUGUUGAAAGUUUGUUUUAUUACGUGUCAGCAGCGCUGUGUCAAAGUGUGUGACCAAAAAACCCUUGGUGAGAAAAGAUAAUGUCUGGCUCAAAAUACCCAGUUUAGGGGCCACAAUCCUGGCUGGAAAUGCAGCCAUGUCGGGGCAUUGUCACAGAUGCAGCACAUGCAGCAAUGUUUCCUUAAAAAUCAACCUCUUUUCGUGGCCCUAUCCCCGGCUGGAAAUGCAGCCAUGUCGCGGUAAAAACGAACCACUUUUCAAAGCAAGAAAUGCAUCGAUAUGAUGGUGAAAAACAGCCACUUUUUGGGGCACUAUCCCGGCUGAAAUGCAGCGAUGUCUUGGUCAAAAAAAAUGUUUAUCCCAGCAGGAAAUGCAGUGAUAUCCCAGUAAAAAACAACCGCUUUUUGAGGCGCUAUCCUGGUUGGAAAUGUAGUUAUGUCUUCGUAAAAGAAAUGCUUGUCAUGGCACUAUCCCCGGUGGAAAUACAGCAUUGUGUCUUUAAAAAAACAACUGCUUUUCAUGACGCUAUCCUGGCAGGAAAUGCAGUGAUAUCUUAGCAAAAAUCAACCUCUUUUCGAGGCACUAUCCCAGCUUGAAACACAGCCAUGUCGCGGUAAAAACAAACCAUUUUUCAAAGCACUAUCUCCUGCAAGAAAUGCAUCAAUAUGACGGUAAAAAACAGCAACUUUUUGGGGCACUAUCCCGGCUGAAACACAGCGACGUCCUGGUAAAAAAACAACAGCUUCUGGGGCACUAUCCCAGCAGGAAAUGCAGUGAUAUCCCAGGAAAAAAACAAGCGCUUUUUGGGGCGCAAUCCUAGUUGAAAAUGUAGCAGUGUGUCCGUAAAAAAACAACUGCUUUUUGUGACGCUAUCCUGGCAGGAAAUGCAGCAGUGUACUGGUAAAAAUCAACCACAUUUCAAGCAUUAUCUCUGACAGGAAAUGCAGCGAUAUCUUGGCAAAAACAAGCACUUUUCAUGGCACUAACUCCAGCAGGAAAUGCAGUAAUAUCUCAGUAAAAAAAACAAGCGCUUUUUGGGGCACUAUCCUGGUUGGAAAUGUUGCGAUGUCUUAGUAAAAAAAAAAAAAAAGCUUUUCGGCACACUAUGUCCAGUCUCGGUAGAGAACAAGCACUUUUCAUGGCGUUAUCCUGCCAAGAAACGCAGUGAUAUCCCAGUAAAAAAUCAAACACUUUUUGGGGCACCAUAAGAGCAGGAAAUGCAGCAAUGUUUCCUUAAAAAUCAACUUUCCCAGUUGGAAAUGUAGCAGUGUCUUAGUAAAAAAAAUGCUUUUCAGGGCAGUAUAUGCGGUGGAAACACAGCAUCAUGACUUUAAAAACUACCGCUUUUCAUGGCACAAUCACAGCAGGAAAUGCAGCGAUAUCUCAGUAAAAAACAAACACUUUUCGAAGCACUUUCCCUGACAGGAAACGCAGCAAUAUUUCUUCAAAAAUCAGCCACUUUUUGGGGCACUAUCUCCGCCAAGAAAUGUAUCGAUAUCUUUGUAAAAAAAACAGCCACUCAUUAGGGCUCUAUCCCGGCUGAAACACAGCGAUGUUUUGGUAAAAAUCAACUGCUUUUCCCCGGGGGAGACACAGCUGCAGGUUGCUUAAACAAACACCCACAUUUGGUGGCUAAAAACCAGCUGGAAGCCCGAGCUAUGACUCGCUUCAACACAACCGGUUUUGUUGUUUGCUCGUCUUGAACAGCGGUCUGCAGCUUGGCAGGUGUCUUGCGUAAGUGUUACUCCAUCCUCCGCCAAAUGUGACGUAUCCAUGCUUUGCAGAACCGUACAAUGCCAACACUUUAUUCUGGAGGGUUUAAAUAGUCAGGUGUUAAUACGGUCACUGAAGUCUUGACGUUAUAGGAAUAUGUUUUCAGAAUCAAACUUGAAAAGCUGAUGGUUCAUGGUCGAUAAAAAGGGCUCUAUGUUCGUUGCUGACAGGUUGAGACAAUGAUAAGCUACAUUAUAAGAUUAUUUUAUGUUGCAUUUGAUGUAAAUAUGUGUGGCACCAACACUAAAGAUCGAAACUAUACAUUUGAAAAAGAAAUUUGCAACUAAGAUGAUGAAAUUCACCCGUUGACCCUUUGCUUACUUUGCACUUUGAGACAGUGUCUUGCCCAGAGAAACCUCCUGUCACAUCUCCCCCUGCAAGCCAUAUUGGAGGUCUGAUGUUGUGUCGUCUGACUGUUCACUUCUGAUCUACAACAAGCUUUACAAGCACAUGUAGCGCUCUGUUUUCAACCUGGGUGCAGCGUCGCCACGUUUCUUCCAAGAACAGUAACGACUAGUUGCGUACUGAGUUGCCGGUAUUUGCUACAUUCCGCGUGACCGAGCAUCAUGAUCAGAUUGUCUUUUUUCUCAUGGUUGUUUUAUAUAAUUCUUUGUGCCAUUUUGUAGUUACAUCUCAUCAGAAGUUCUCCAAACUAACGUCAAAGUUCCAUGAGUGUUUUUCCCCGGCAGCUCACGCCAAAACACGACACAUCGUUAUGAUUUUGGGUCCAAGAACUGGAGACAAAAUCAGCUUCUGUUUCACUUCAGUCCCAAAUAAUUCCUAGUUUUGUUAUUAUCCGUUCCUCGGAGUUGUUGAGAAAGAGUCCUGAGUGCAUCCCACGUAGUGUCGACCUGCUGGCAGUGACGAGGAGCGAAGUGUCUUCCUGUAACGAUGAAACAGACCAACGGGCUGGAACCUGUUCUGCUGCUCCUCACAAUGACUUUUCCUCUUACUGAAUGAUAUUUAAUCAUCAAGUUUCCCUUUGGUUGAUUGAUUGUGUGUGUGUGGGGGGAAACGUUCCACCCAGGUGAUUGACAGCUUGCAGAAUAGUGCGUAAGAAACCACAGAACAUAGCAUUUUGUCUUAACUGACAGGACUGUUGAAUGUCUCACACGGACUAUUGUCUAAUGCCGCGUUCACGUCAAGGAACAGGGUUUUGUUGCUGCAGCUCAGCGUCCACACGUAACAGAUUUUAAAUGAUAAACUGCAGCAUGUUUGUCUUUGUUUUCUUCAAGUACAGUUGAUUGUGUUUUAAGUUGAAUUUGAUCAUUCAGUAUCUUGGAAUGCUACAAUAACGCCCAUAUAUAAUGCCAAUAUAUCACAUAUAUAAUAACCACAAGCGGGCAGACAUGAAUGUUUUUUUCCGCAGUCCAAACAGACAUCAGUCGGACGUGAACGUGGCAUCCUUUCCCCUGCAGUAAUCAGUCGAGCUGUGUUCAACAUUGCAUGACAGCCACGACUUCAGACAAUGUAAAUUAUACAGUGUAGUGUUACAGCCAAGAUACAGCAAGACCAAACAAUGUGUUACAUGCCAAAAUGGAGGAGAAAAAAAGUAAAGUA